AUGAAGACAUCAGUGAUGGAUCUUAAAGUGGAACCUAUGGACAUUGAUUACGACCAGCCUCCUCCUCUCCAAGUCUUCGCUCACACCUCGACUCUACACGGCAUCUCUCAUAUCUUCUCCUAUGAGAAGAUCACGGCCAAGUGCUGCCUCUGGGUUGUGUUUUUCCUCAGCUCACUGACCUUCCUCAUGUACGUCUGCAUCGACCGGAUUCAGUUCUACCUGGAGUACCCUCACGUCACAAAGCUGGAUGAGAUCACGACGCCCAUGAUGGUUUUCCCAGCAGUGACGAUUUGCAACCUCAACUCUAUCCGCUUCAGCAGGAUCACACGCAACGAUCUGUACCACACGGGCGAGUUGCUGGCACUGCUGAACUCCAGACAUGAGAUACGGGACACUCACCUGGUUGAAGAAAGCGUGAUGGAGGUUCUCAAGAGCAAAGCAGACUUUCGCUCCUUCAAGCCGCGUCCCUUCAACAUGUGGGAGUUCUAUAAUAGAACCGGACAUGACAUAAAAGACAUGCUGCUCUCCUGCCAGUUCAGAGGUUCACCGUGUCGCCCUGAAGACUUCAGUGUGGUGUUCACACGUUACGGGAAGUGUUACACCUUUAACUCGGGUGACACCGGCGCGCCGCUGAUCAGCGUGAAGGGAGGGAUGGGAAACGGCCUGGAGAUCAUGCUGGACAUCCAGCAGGACGAAUAUUUACCUGUGUGGGGAGAGACAGAGGACUCGUCGUUUGAGGCGGGAAUCAAAGUUCAGAUUCACAGUCAGGACGAGCCUGCGUUUAUAGAUCAGUUGGGUUUCGGAGUCGCACCAGGAUUCCAGACAUUCGUUUCUUGCCAAGAGCAGCGACUGGUGUAUCUUCCUGCUCCGUGGGGCAGCUGCAAGUCAACCCCGCCGAGCUCAGACUACUUUAAAGUGUACAGCAUCAGCGCCUGUCGAACGGACUGCGAGACGCGCUACCUGGUGGAAAACUGCAACUGCCGCAUGGUGCAUAUGCCUGGUGAUGCGCAGUACUGCACUCCUGUGCUAUAUAAAGAAUGUGCACAUCCAGCACUAGAUUUCCUGGUGGAGAGAGACAGUGACUACUGCUCAUGUGAGACUCCGUGCAACAUCACGCGCUACAGUAAAGAGAUGUCCUUUGUGAAGAUCCCCAGCAAAGCAUCGGUCAAAUAUCUCGCAAAGAAGUACAGCAAAUCUGAGAAAUACAUAACGGAGAAUGUUCUAGUGCUGGACGUGUUCUUUGAGGCUCUGAACUAUGAAACCAUUGAGCAGAAGAAAGCCUAUGAGGUGGCCGGUCUGUUGGGUGAUAUCGGAGGACAGAUGGGGCUGUUCAUUGGAGCCAGCAUUCUUACGAUUUUGGAGCUUUUUGACUACCUUUAUGAGGUAAUGAAAUACAGGUUGUGCCGCUGCUCCAACAAGAAACAUCACAACAACAACAACACUGAUCACGGCACUGUACUCGGCCUGGAUGACGUUAAAUGUCACGUCAGUAAAUUCCAUUAACAUUCCUGCAGAAGUUCCAGCUGUUUGCCUGCCAGUCGUAUCCAGAUUAUGUUCUACAUUUUAGCAGAUGGCAUCACAUCACCAGCACGGUUGUGUUUUCUUCAGAUUGUUCUGGCAUCUUGUGGUUGUACUCUCUUUCUUAUGCCUAUGCGAUUUUUGAGGAUAUUUCCAGAAAUGUUUUGUGCUUUUCUGAAAAACCUGCUUUUGAUUUAUAAAGCAGGAAUGUCAAAAAGGUUUGAUAUUAAU